UCUGCUCACGAGUUUUGAUAUGUUUCGCGAAGUCUUUGAAAUGGAUGGCGGUGAAUGAGAGUGGCGUGUUUAGCCGGAUUAACGUUUGAUAUUAAAUUGAUUAAUGAAUGGUUGUGAGUGUGUGGCUGUAUACUAAUAAUGAACUAGGUCAACAUUGUUUAAUUUAAAAUUCGCAAAAACGCUGAGUUGCAGCGAAAAGUGGUUCGUAGAACUUCUGUGAAGCAGCAGUUGACAUAAGCGUCCUACGUGUCUCUAUAGUUAGUUGCUAAGUGUGAAGAUGGUUGUACCUGCAGCAAGUAGGAGUGGACAGGCUCCAAUAUCGACUUCGUCGGGAUGGAAGAGCCUCAUAACAUUUACGGUUCUAUUUUUAGCGUGGAUUUCUGGUUUUGCAUCCAGAUUGUUUGCUGUGAUAAGAUUUGAGAGUAUCAUCCAUGAAUUUGAUCCAUGGUUCAAUUAUAGAGCAACAGCUUACAUGGUGAAAAAUGGGUUUUACCAGUUCCUGAAUUGGUUUGAUGAGAGAGCAUGGUAUCCUCUUGGCAGAAUUGUUGGAGGGACUGUUUAUCCAGGACUGAUGAUUACCUCUGGCAGUAUACAUUAUGUUCUACAUUCUCUGAAUAUACCUGUUCACAUUCGGGACAUAUGUGUUUUCUUAGCUCCUGUUUUUAGUGGCCUGACAGCAAUUGCUACAUAUCUGUUAACAAAAGAAUUGUGGUCACCAGGAGCUGGCCUCUUUGCAGCAUGCUUCAUCGCAAUUGUUCCUGGCUAUAUUAGCCGAUCAGUAGCUGGAAGUUACGACAAUGAAGGGAUAGCUAUAUUUGCUUUACAACUAACAUACUAUUUAUGGGUGAAAUCAGUGAAAUCUGGCUCAAUAUUUUGGUCCUGUAUGACUGCACUAUCAUAUUUUUAUAUGGUUUCAGCUUGGGGUGGAUACGUUUUUAUUAUAAACCUAAUACCUCUUCACGUUUUUGCUUUACUGUUAAUGGGGCGAUACUCAAAUCGCCUUUUCACAAGCUACACAACAUUUUACAUCUUGGGGCUUAUCCUUAGUAUGCAGAUACCAUUUGUUGGCUUUCAGCCAAUUCGUACUAGUGAACAUAUGGCUGCUACAGGUGUAUUUGCUCUCUUAAUGGCAGUUGCAUUCUUGAAAUACCUGCAGAGUAUUCUGUCAAAGGCAGAAUUCAAAUAUUUCUUCACUGUGUCUGCCCUGGCGUCUGCUGGAAUUGUUUUUCUAACAGUAGUAGGUCUCACUUACGCAGGAGUAAUUGCUCCUUGGAGCGGAAGGUUCUAUUCGCUAUGGGACACGGGAUAUGCUAAAAUACAUAUUCCCAUCAUUGCCUCAGUGUCAGAACAUCAGCCUACUACAUGGUUUUCCUUCUUUUUUGAUCUCCACAUACUUGCUACUAUGUUUCCUGUUGGGUUGUGGUAUUGCAUAAAAAAUGUAAAUGAUGAAAGAGUAUUUGUUGUUCUUUAUGCACUUAGUGCUGUAUAUUUUGCUGGUGUUAUGGUUCGUCUUAUGCUCACACUGACGCCUGUUGUUUGUGUCCUGAGUGGAAUCGCUUUUUCUCAACUUCUCGAGUUGUAUCUUAAAGAAGAUGAAAGUCCACAUGUCUCCUACAGUGACAGUGAAGAUGACAGCAAUGGUGACAAAAACAGUCGCAAUAUGUAUGAUAAGGCAGGAAAAUUAAGGAAGAUGAAGCAUGAACAGCAAAGAGAAUCUGAUGGCCUCGGAGUCAACAUACGCAGUAUUAUUAUUGUUGCAAUUCUGAUGUUGCUAAUGAUGUUUGCAGUACAUUGCACAUGGGUAACUAGCAAUGCCUAUUCUAGUCCCAGUAUUGUAUUGGCAUCUUAUGGUCACGACGGGUCCAGACAGAUUUUGGAUGAUUUUCGUGAAGCUUAUUAUUGGUUGUCGCAAAAUACACAUAGUGAUGCUAGAGUAAUGAGUUGGUGGGACUAUGGAUAUCAGAUUGCUGGAAUGGCAAAUCGUACAACAUUGGUUGAUAACAAUACAUGGAACAACAGCCAUAUUGCAUUGGUAGGAAAAGCAAUGUCAUCAAAUGAAAGUGAAGCCUACAAAAUAAUGAUUUCUUUGGAUGUGGAUUAUGUCCUUGUUAUAUUUGGUGGUGUUAUUGGAUACUCCGGUGAUGACAUCAACAAAUUUUUGUGGAUGGUGAGAAUAGCUGAAGGUGAACAUCCGAAAGACAUUCGGGAGAGUGAUUAUUUCACCGAUCGUGGGGAAUUCAGGGUUGAUGCUGAAGGCACACCCACACUUCUCAACUGCCUGAUGUACAAACUAAGUUAUUAUAAGUUUGGAGAACUGAAGCUUGAUUACCGAAGUCCAGCAGGGUUUGAUAGAACAAGAAAUGCAAUAAUUGGAAAUAAGAAUUUUGAACUGACAUAUUUAGAAGAAGCCUAUACGACUGAACACUGGCUUGUCAGAAUAUACAGGGUUAAAAAGCCUGACGAGUUCAAUCGACCUCGCAUACCUGUAUCAGAACGUAAGAUUAAACGAAGCAGAGCAUUCAUCUCAAAGAAGACCAAUAAACGUAAGAAAGGUACAAUAAAAAAUAAGCCUAUUGUUAUAAAGGGCAAAAAGCCAGCUUCUCGUCAAGCAUCCUAGUAUGGAGACAUGAACGUUUGCCUGCCUUCACAGUGUGCCUGAGCCAACAAGACAUACCACAGUACUGUUAUAAAGUCUGAAAAUUUUUGUUGAUAAAAAUUGUUGAAUAUUUUUCAUUGUAUUUAUUGACUAUUUCUAAGUCACAGACUUUUCAAGAAUGAACAAUAAAAUCAUUACAGCUUUUUUUCCUUUUAUUUUAAUAGAAAUGCAUGUUUCUAAAAUUAGAGCUGAUUCGUUAUUUUCCUCAAAUAUUGAGGAUUCAAAUUUUGUUUUGUCAUUUUUUAAUUAUUAUUUUGUGUCUUUGCUUUUGACAGUGGGUUUAUUUACUUCAGUACAGGCAUUAUGUUUCAUUGCAUUACAUCUCAUUGUCUUGAAUCCUUGAUCAUUAUCAAAAGGCCCAUAUAAUUCUUAGGACAAACUUAAGUAAUUUUAUAAUUACAAAUCAUUUGUGGAUUACCAACAAUCUAUCUAAAUUCUCAGGGCCUGUAAAUUUCACCCUGUGUUAGUAGCAUAUUGGUUUUAAAAAAACCAGAGUUACAUAUGUGAAAGCACAGAAAAUAUGAUUUAAUUUGCCUUUGUUUUUUUGUGCAUAAAGUGAAACAGUUCUGUGGCAUGGCUUACACUUUUUAAUGCAGUUGUUUGUAGGGAGCAGAAAUGCACUGCCUAUUUAAAUAUAUUUUACUGGCUGAAACAUCGUGUACUCCUUUUGACAACACGAAAACUGACUGCAGUUUUUAUUAACUGUAUUAGCAUCGCAAUGGAGCUGGUUUUAUUAUGACAUUAAUGACUUUUGUAAUAUUGUCAUAACAGCAUGAACUAAUUUCAUUGUUUUGUGAGCCUGUCAUAAAAUAGAUUCUUGGUUAUUCCUUGGGAUAGCAACUACUUUGUACAUCUCGGUGAAACACGGAAUUUAUUACUCGAGAGGAGUUUUUUGUAUUGUUUGUUAAAUAGUGAGCACAUUAAAUGAAUAAAAGAAAAUUUUGUUAUUUUGUGGUUA